UUGGUUUAAUGGUGCAGUGACAUCAUUCAAUGGAGGACAGGUGAUGUUUUUCUGUAGACUAGCAUUAGUUGUAUUUUAUAAAAUAUGUGAACAAUUCUAUAUGCACCAGAUGCAUCAACUUCCCGUACACCAGUAAAAUAAAUAUAAUCUCACCCUGUAAUUUGUUUCUCCUUUUGAGAUAUAUAUAUUUUUUUGAUUAAACUGCUUUGGUCUUUAUUUUGAAAGUUCAGACCAGAUGUCCUGCCCUAUUCUGUGUGACUUGAUACUUGAUUUGCUUGGUUGCAAGCUCCAUAGCAACCGAGCCGGUAGGAGAAAAAGUUGAGGUUUUGAUUUUUUUUGUCUUUUAAUCGAUGAGUUAUGCAGGAAAUGACGGGUUUCUUCCCUAAAGUGAGGCUGCAGACUGAGGCGCUGCCUUGAAAAAUGCCAGCCACCAAAGUUAUCAAGACAAAACCAGUGGAGGCUUCAAGAAAAACCCUCGAAAAAACCAAACCGGUGAAGGUGAGAGCUGCUCACGAAGCACAAAGUGAACUCCAAGUUCCCGCUGUGCGUAAAAGCCGCGCAUCGAGCUGCCCAAGGUGUCCGCAGAGGGACGUCUGUGAGAGGAGCACCGGAGCGCAGCGCACAGCCUUCAAAACGAGCUGUGAAAGGAGGGCCAGAUCCAGCUCCACCGUUAGCAAAACGACCGAAAACUGUCCCAGAGCAAAUCCGGACCAUCGAAGGGCAACCAGCUGUGUGAAACAUGCUGCUGCUAACCCAAAAUGCCCCCAGAUAACCGCCUGCCCCGGUCAGAGUGAGCGGAGGAGUGUCCGGGCUGAGACCAAGCAUGCAAGUCAGAGUCACAAAGCUUUCACUGUCAUCCCCCCAAACCCCAAGAAAAGAAGAGAGAUCCAGAGAAAGGCAGAGGCAGAGCUCGCCGCUCUAGAGGAACUUCGGCUGAGCAGAGCAAUGGCUUACGUUUCCAUUAACCCCAGCAGUGUCGUUGUGCGUGUGUGCACAGGAGGCUGUAUGACCCUGGAAGAAGUACGGUCGAAGCAGCAGCAGGAAAUGAUGCAAGCAAAGAGGAAACAUAAACCGAUGAAGACACACGUGAUGGAGCGCACACCUGUCCUGAAAAGCUGAGCAUCACCUCUCUCCUCGUCUCAGCUGGCAGCUCAACUUCUCACUGUAGUUGCUGAACACCAAGCUCACAAACUGGGUUCAAAUACAUAUUCAGAUACAAAUUUGAAGUGAAACAUGGUUAGAAAAAUGACUUGUACUCAAAUAAGGAGACAAUUUCAAGCAGCAUUAUACUAUAUGAUUUGUAUAGUUGUUUAGUUUGUCAUGUGUUUUCUAUAUAAUUUAUAUGUCAUGUACAAAUCAAAUAGUUUAAAGAGUUAGUUCAUCCAAAUGAAUAAAAAACUGAUUUUCUCUCUCAGAUUUUCUCUCUCUGUUUAGAUCUAGAUGCAGAUUAUUCACAAACUGGCAACCUGAAAGCUUUUUUAUUCAUUUCUGGACUGCUCUAGAAAGGAUUACAAAUGAACUGACGGACCUUUAAGGAGGCCAUCGCUCAGAUCUUGUCUGACUUGACUUUGGUGUGACAAAUUGAUUAGCAUGUGACGUGAGUACUUAAUAAUGAACUUUUUGUCAAAUUAAU